CACACACACACACACACAGAGAGAGAGAGGGGGACGAGCUCCAGACUGAGUGUAUUCAGCAGAGAGCGAGGACGGGCGAGAGACACUCAGUCUGACUAAAGACAGGGAGAGAGACAGACAGGAGAGAGAGAGAGACAGGAGAGAGAGAGACAGUUAGGCAGACAGGUGAACAUAGAGACAGAGGCUGACCUGAGGUCUGUUUGAAGAGAGAGAGACACACAGGUACACAGACAGAGAGGUAAGCAGACAGACAGACAGAGAGGUAAGCAGACAGACAGACAGACAGACAGACAGACAGACAGACAGGUAAGCAGACAGGUGAGCCCUCCUCGUCUCUCCUCAUCAUGGAAGACUACACUCUCCCCUUCUGGAUUUAUUUGGCUGUUUUGACCGUGUUUGUGGGCGGAGCCAUUAAGAAGAUCCUGGAGUCCCACCUGAGCGCCGCCGCCCCGCCACUUGUGGUGUGUUUGGGGGCCACCGUGUUGGCGGAGCGUCUGUGGGCGCUCUGCCUGCCCGCCGUGCUCCUUCUGGGGCUGCUCAGCCUCGCCUGCUGCCUCUACUCCACCACCAGGACUGGCACACCACCUGCCACCCUGCCCGUCCACGGCAAGGCCGUCCUUAUCACAGGUUGUGAUUCUGGGUUCGGGAACGCAGCGGCGAAGCGUCUGGACUCUCUGGGCUUCCAGGUGUUCGCCACGGUUCUGGACCUGACAGGAGACGGAGCCAGAGAGCUGCAGAGGACCUGCUCGACCCGACUCACCCUCCUCCAGGUCGACAUCACCCAACCACAGCAGGUCCAACAGGCGCUGCUCGACACCAAGGCCAAACUGGGCCUCAAAGGUCUGUGGGGCUUGGUGAAUAACGCCGGUGUGUGUGUGAACUUCGGAGACGCUGAGCUCUCUCUGAUGUCGAACUUUCGUGGCUGCAUGGAGGUGAACUUCUUCGGCACGCUGAGCGUCACCAAGAGCUUCUUGCCUUUGCUGAGGCAGACCAAAGGACGCAUCGUGACCAUCUCCAGCCCAGCUGGUGAUCAGCCGUUUCCCUGUCUGGCAGCGUACGGAGCGUCUAAAGCAGCUCUGAACCUGUUCAUCAACACGCUGAGACACGAGCUGCAGCCAUGGGGGGUCCAAGUGUCCAUCAUCCUGCCCUCCUCAUACAAGACAGGUCAGUCCAGUAACCAUGCCUACUGGGAGGAGCAACACAAACACCUGCUCAAGAGUCUUCCUCCGGCGCUGCUCGAGGACUACGGGGAGGACUACAUGAUGGAGACCAAGGAGCUGUUCCAGAGCCACACCAAGCAUGCCAACCCCAACUUCAGCCCCGUCAUUGACGCCAUCGUCCAGGCGCUGCUGUCACCCCAGCCUCAGCCGCGGUACUUCGUUGGGCCUGGCGUUGGCCUCAUGUACUUCAUCUACAGCUACUGCCCGUUCAGCAUCAGCAACCGCUUCCUCCAGAAAGUGUUCAUGAAGAAGACGCUGUUGCCGCGUGCCCUCAGGAAGCAGUUUGGCUUCAACCUGAACCUCAGUCUGCACAACAACAACAACAACGACGACGAGGAGGAGAAGCCUGAGUAGGCGAGGAGGCGAGGAGGCAAGGAGGCGAGGAGGCGAGGACCACGUCUGUUUCCUGUCCUUCUGUUCUGUUUUUAAACUGUGGAAGGGAUCAUGUGACAGUUUCUGUCUGUUUCUGUAACGCCAGCCUCGUGGCGCCCCCCUGUGGACGGUGAGGAGGUCACCUGAAGGUCAGGAGGCGGGGUCAGCAUCAGCUGUCCCAUCCACACACGUGCCUUUGUCACGCAGGAACUUUAAAUCAAAGAUGGCCGAUCAGCAGGCGGCUCUACGGCGGAGGAGGCGGGACAAACUGUGACCUCAUUCGCCAUCAGCAGCUUGUCUGAACGUGAACUGAGCGCGCUCAGACGAGCUGCUGUCGUGACAUCACGCGUCUCUGUUUGUUUUCUGCAUCAGAACAGGAAGUAGACUUUCAAAGUAAAAGUACAGAUUCGGCGUUUCAUACUCACAAACCAAAAUAUAUUCAGACUUCCUGUCUGGACUAACCUUCACAAUAAAAGCACAAAGUAAAAGUUUCUUGUUUCUGUCAGAAAACAAACAAACCGUUUUUUUAAUAAACACUGAGUUCAUAUUUUAUAUUUUAUAUUCAGGACGUUUUUUAUGAUUCAAAAUAAAUCAGCAGAUAUUUUUUAAAUUCAAUCCUACAAAUCAGUUUUUAUUUAUUUCAUCACAAACAUCUUCGUCUGUUUUUCAGCCUGUUUUGUUUCGUUUGUUUUGAAUCAAAUUAUUUAAAAGACUUUUAUGUCCAACUGUGAAUUUUUUAUAUUUAAAGAAAAAAAAACAUGAAAAAUGUAAAAAAAA